AUGUCGUCAACCAAACUUCUCACGACAGUAACGCGACAUGUGCUCUUACCACCAACACUCAGAUCAUGCCCGCACCAUCACCGCCGCAGCGUGCACAAGCUCUCAUCCUUGCCACAGUCCUUCCAGUUCAUCACGAUCUCCCCCGAAAUCCAAACUGCGCUGCAGCGUGGGGCGCCCGUCGUAGCACUCGAGUCGGCGAACAUCACUUGCCCGGGUGAGGUGGGGGCCUUGCCAGAGCCACACAACACAGAAUAUGCGACCAAGGUGGAGCGGGAGAUCAGGAAGAUGGGCGCGAUACCGGCAACGAUGAUGGUGUUGGCUGGGAGGGUGCAUGUUGGUGUUGAGGACCCAGCUCUCUAUUACGAUAUAGCGCGUAGAGCUACGAUGAAGGUCUCGCAGAGGGAGUUGCCGUAUGUGCUUGGGAUGCCAGGUCGACGUAGCGGUGGUCUUACGGUGUCUGCGGCAUUGACGAUUGCAUCGAUGAUUGGUAUCAAGGUCCUCGCAACCGGCGCGAUCGGGGGUGUCCAUAGAUCGGCGACAACACUGAUGGACAUCUCCGCUGAUAUUAACGAGCUCGGCCGGAGGAACGUGGCAGUGGUAUGUUCGGGGCCAAAGGUUUAUAUGGAUGCGGAAGGGACGAUAGAGUACCUGGAAACGAAGGGUGUGCCAGUAGCUACGUUUGGAGGGGGGGCGAUGGAGGUCAAGCUCCCAGCACAUUAUAGUACUGAGGGAGUGCUUCAGAGUCCGUUGGUGCUGAAGGACGCAAAAGAUGCCGCGAGGAUGAUCUAUACAAGUCACCAAUGGGGACUCGAAACGGGACAGCUCCUGUGCAAUCCCAUCCCGUACGAAAACCAAUUGAACCUCGAAAUAGUCGAGAAGAGUGUUCAUAAAUACUUCAAGGAACGCAAGAAACACAGUAAGAAGGACAAGGAGGUGGUCGAGAAAAUAGUGUCUACAAUCCGGCAAUUUAAUAAUAGAGACAGAACGGUAGCAGCGGAGAAGGUGAUGCUGAUGCACAAUGCUCGAGUAGCAGCACAAGUGGCGGUAGAGCUAGCGCACUUGGAGAUGGGGACUGAUUGGAUGUCGAAAGAUCGGACGGAAAUGGCGGAGGACAGGGCGUAUCGAGACGAUGUGCCAAAUCGCGCCCGGAUAUCUCAAGAUAAAACAGUUCGACAGAUCUAUGUUCCCGGGAAGGGAUAUCUGGGCCCGCAGCGGGAGAAGAACCAGCUGGUGCGGCCAGUCUUCCGUCGGUCUCUAAGUAGAGACCCCUUGAGUGAUUAUGAGAUUUUGCACCGGCAGCCCUUCAAGAAGCCAGACGAGCCCCCCGAAAAACCACGGGAGGUCCUAGAAGAUUGGUCUCUGCCCGAGCGCGAGCCAGCGCCGCGAACGGCAGUAAUAACGGAGAGAGGUUUCACCAUACGGCGAGGGGCAUAUCUUGGCCCGCGGGGGCGGUUGUGA